AUGGAAUCAACGAUGGAGGCAAAAAUUUCGAAACUUGCAGAAUCGUGGAGCCGAUCUUCGCGGCUGGACAAACUUCUCGUGGUUAUUAAAACCGGUAAAAGUUUUCUUACGGACUUGGAGACGUUGGAGUUGGGCGACGUGUUUUCCGUGCUGUUAAUUCUGCAAAAACUGGCGCCUAAAAUAAAGCGUUGUCAACGAGAGAAGUUCAACGUUGUUCUUUGCUUCGAGGCAUCUGAAGCUGAAGCGGUGAAAAACUGGAGAGACCUGAGCACGGUCACAUACCAGCAGUGUGACCAGCUAGUAUCGGCAGUAUGUAGGCUGAACACGUUCCAAUCAGGAAAAUUUAUAGUUGUUUCCGAAGAGCCCCUAGUGCGGUUAGCGGCUGUAUUUCGGGAAAAAUAUGCGUUUCAAGGCCUAUUGCCAGACGAUGUAGCAAAGUACGUAGACAAGGUGGCGAUGAAG